CCUACCACGAUGCAACAAUCUGAAGCAGCCUACCAACGGACUGAUGUCCUUACCACGAUGCAACGGGAGGCUCAUCAGAUACCUGUCCCCUCAGCUGCAACAGAUACCUCACAACAAACUGGAACCAUCGGAAACAUCAGUGAAGUCAGCGGUAGCCACAAUUCUUUUGUUGUUGGUGCACGUGGAGUUAGUAUCACUAACAUCUUCCCAUUACAGGGACCAGGAGUGCCUGCACCCAGACCUCAGCUUAGUGAGAGACCAGACCAAGAACCAAGGCUGGGGACUCCUAGCUACCAAGAUGUCGGUAACAAGACUAGGGACAUUUUGAAGGAACGUUAUAAAACAACAGGCAGUUACGUACAGUUGCUGCCUGGGGUUGCUAAUGACCAAAAGCACAUAGCUAGUAUAUACACCAAAGUACGGUUACAAACACGGGAAGGGGUAGCAGUUGUCUGUACGCCUACAGGGAAAACUGCUACAAAAAGUAGCCAAAGAGGAGAAAUUGUAAACUCAAUAGAGUAUGCCAAAAUAUUCAGAUUAAAGAAACGAACUAAGAAACUCAUCAAACGCCUUAUUUUUGUUGGCGAAGGGGGGGUCGGGAAGUCAACCAUUUUUGAUAAGAUUGUAAACGACUGGGCUGAGGGUAAAAGCAAAUUCCUGAAAAGAUUCCAUCUCGUUUUUCUUUUAAAGAUGUGUGCCCUGCGUCAAGAAUCUGAUCUUGUUGAAUCCAUGUUAAAUCAACUUCUAGAUGAAGAUUCAGGAAUAGAAAAAGAUGAACUUGAAAAAGUCAUCCAGGCCGAACCAAAUGAGGUCUUGAUUCUUUUGGAUGGCUUUGAUGAAAUGAUGACGAAAACACUCAAUGAAGCCUCGUUUGGCUCUAUCCUAAAAGCACUGAAUAGAAAGAAAUACCGUCAUUGUUGUAUAUGUGUAUCGACCCGCCCCUCUCGUCUUGAGACACUGAUGUCAACAUCACUUGUGCAAAAUCCUUGCACACACGUAGAGGUUCUGGGGUUUGCCAAGGAGGAUGUUAAUGAAUACAUUCGAAAAUUCUUCAAAGAAGAUGCUGAUAUUGAUAAUAGCAACGCACUAAUCAAAAGCGUUGAAAUGUCCAACACGCUGCGUGAUUUUGCUAAGAUACCUAUGUUGCUGCUGCUUAUGUGCUUGUUGUGGAGGGAGAAUGAACAACUCCCCAAAACGACUUCACGCCUCUUCAAUAAGGCAGUUGAUCACAUGUUCUCAACAAAAGACGAGGACAGGGAAAGACCACCGGAUGCAAAAAAGAGAAAGCCAAACAUAUCAAACGUAUCCAAAACAGUACCGAUCGAAAUAGGACAAAUUGCGCUGCGUGGACUCAUGAGUGACCAGUUCUCAUUUCAAGAAGAUGAGUUUAAACCGGAGGCGCUACACCUGGCACUAAAAGCAGGCAUCCUAACCAAGCAUAGUGUUGUCAAAAACCUCAAAUCCCACAACAGCAUACAAUUCAUGCAUACUAUGCAACAAUACUGUGCCGCGAAAUACUUGCAGACUUUAGAGAAAGGCGAAUUUCAGCGCAGUUUGGAGCCAUUGUGUUCAACAAUAGAUCGCGUUAUUUCAAACGAGUACCUUUUGCGUUUUUGCUCUGGUGACAAUGAGGAAUGCAUGACCGACAUCGUAAACUUGCUUGGCCGUAGUAAGUUCGAUGAGGAUAAGCACAGCUUCAAAUCAUACAUUAUAAAUACGAUUUGUCGAAACUGCUUUUUUGAAAGCCAGUCAGAAAGGGUCCCACGGGGUCUCACAAGCAACACGCAUAUCCCAUCAACUAUCGAAGUGCGUAACAAUAACGAUUCCCACAGUCUUGUAUACUUUCUUGAAAUCAUCUGUAGGUCCGACAGCGGCAAAGCACAACUGACGUGCGUUAAAUGUAUUCAGGUUUGGAGCGCAUCUUCGGUCAGUGAUUUGGCCUUCGCCCUGGGUUACAUGAAAAACCUCAGCAUCUUGAAGCUCGAUGAAUGUCCUCUGGGAAAUAGUGCUCUUGGGAAAAUUCUGUCCGAACUGAAAUGCAACAAACAGUUGACCUGUAUUGACUUAAGCAUUUGUGAUGGGCUGGGAGGUAGAGCUGUAGAAUGGGCCCCACACAUCAAACACUUGACAAGCCUCAUCAAACUUAUAAUAUGGGAAUGCAAACUACAGGCAGCAGACAUUGAACACAUUGCCUCGUCUGUAAGUGACAUACCCAGCCUGACUCACUUGAGUCUUGCUUACAACUACAAAUUGGGUGGAACAGCUUCAACGUGGUCCACAGAAUUGCCAAAAAUGACGCACAUAAAUGAGCUGGACCUGGCAGGUUGCGAUUUGACACCGACAGACAUUAAAUACAUCGCCUCGGCUGUAGGUGACAUGCCCAGCUUGACCGACUUGAUCCUUGAUGAAAACGAGAUAUUGAGUGAAUUGGCUGAGUCGUGGGCUAAGGAAUUACCGAAAAUGACGCACUUAAAGAAGCUGAACCUGGGACGUUGCAAUUUGUCACGGACGGACAUGAAACACAUUGCCAAGGCUGUAGGUGACAUGCCCAGUCUGACUGACUUGGACAUCUCUGAAAACACAUUUGGCGGAUCAUUGUGGGCCAAGGAAUUACCGAAAAUGAAACACUUAAAUAAGCUGAACCUGGCUGUUUGCGGUUUGUCACGGACGGACAUGAAACACAUUGCCAAGGCUGUAGGUGACAUGCCCAGUCUGACUGACUUGAACAUCUCUGAAAACACAUUUGGCGGAUCAUUGUGGGCCAAGGAAUUACCGAAAAUGAAACACUUAAAUAAGCUGAACCUGGGAAGUUGCGAUUUGUCACAGACGGACAUGAAAUACAUUGUCUCGGCUGUAGGUGACAUGCCCAGACUGACUGACUUGAUCAUCGCCCGCAACAAAUUUGGCGGAUUAUUGUGGGCCGAGGAAUUACCGAAAAUGAAACACUUAAAUAAGCUGAACCUGAGAUAUUGCCGUUUGUCACCGACAGACAUGAAACACAUUGCCUCGGCUGUAGGUGACAUGCCCAGUCUGACUGACUUGGCCAUCUCUGGCAACCCAUUUGGCGGAUUAUUGUGGGCCAAGGAAUUACCGAAAAUGAAACACUUAAAGAAGCUGGACCUCAUUUGGUGCAAAUUGUCACCGACAGACAUGAAACACAUUGCCACGGCUGUAAGUGACAUGCCCAGUCUGACUGACUUGUACCUUAGUGGCAACUAUAUAUUUGGUGGAUUGGAUAAGUUUGGCCUACAGUCCUGCAGCCCGUCACUUAAGGUUCAUAUGGAUUGGUGAUAAAAACAAACUCCAAGUGUGGACAUUUUCCAUACAAAGAAACAAUUUCUACAAGAAAAUAUCAAAAAGUAAAUACAAAAUGAAAUUUGAGAAUAUUUAAGUGUGCUGAACAAAAUUACAAAAGAAGGGAUAGUCCUGGAAACUUGGACGAGUUAAUAUUCGACGUGUUAUUUAUUAACACUCUGAAAUCGGGGACUCGGAUCACUAAAAAAAUAAUGUCUCAGUCCAGAAUGCCUGCUUGCAAUUUAAACAUAAAUAUGGUACAUUCUCGAUUCAGAUCGUCAGUACAGUACAGGGUCACGCUGCGUGUAAGACAAUUAGCUGUUCACCCUCUACGUUUGAUACAGUGGUUUGCCAUCAAAGUCAAACUUACACUCUUAUAAGUCCCGGGUCAGAUUCGACCUGGAAUCCCUGUCAGAUUCGACCCGACACACUUCUGGGUCAAAAUUACAGUUUUUAAUGCAUGUAAAAAGCAGAAAGCAGAAUUUCUAUGUCAAAAUCACAAUUAUUUUAGUCUAAAUGAGGAUCAUCUGGGUCAAAUGGCUGGAAGGGUUGCCCUAGCUGGAAAGUAGUGUAAUUUUGACCCGGAAAAGUGCCAGGUCAACUCUGACCUGGAUUCGGGUCAAAUCUGAUUUGCCGAUUGUGCAUCUGCAAAACAUUUUAAAAUGGCAAACAAAAUUAUAAUAGGCUUCGAUCAAACCUGAACGUGUGUGCAAGAAAACAUCGUUGAUUUGAAAACCUAGUGGAUGUAUGGUACUCGUUGAUUUCCUAUCAAACACUGAGGCUGUAUGUGUGGUUUGGUCCAUUUCCUUCACAAGUUGAAGUUGAAACUUGUUUGCGAAAUAACAUGCAUGCAAGUAUAUAAUUAUGUAUAACGUUAAAACAGUGAGUAACAUUCGAGUACUUUUGGGAUUAAUCCAACCACUGUUGGCAACUACGUGUAUAUUUUUGUAAAUAAAAUUAUAUUUUUAUAGACACGUUGGCCAGACAAUUGUAUAUUUGUGUAAAUACCGUAGAAAGAAAUGGCUAUUCGACUGGUUUUGGGAUUACUAAAACCAAAAUUGUUGAUGUUUUGUUUAUAAUUUGUAUAAACGUUGGUGCGAAGAUCGAUGUGAAGAUCGAUUUAAAACAAAAAAACUGAGAGUGAUGGAAUCAUUGUUUUGUCCCGGACCCAGCAUCAAAGGGGCCGGGGAUACCGGUUGCCUAAGCAACUGUAUUCGGGAUUAUAUCCGUUGAAAAUCAAGACUACCCAAAAAAAGUACCAACUACUAUUACACACCCUGAUUCCACUAAAUUUCUGGGAUUGGAUAUUGACCAAGACCUUUCAUGGAAAAAGCGCAUUAAUUAUAUCUGCUCAGUCAUAUCCAGAAAUAUGGGCAUCAUAUGUAAGCUAACAGCAUUCUUCACACAUGAUAUUUAUUGAAUUUAGACAAUGCCUUAGUCUUACCAUACAUAUCAUAUUGUAUGGGGCAAUGGUGGCAUUGGAAUGCUUAAAGUGAAUGUACAACAUUUGCUUUUGCUGCAAUUUUCAGAAAUAAAUGGAUUUGGAGGAUUAUGUUAUAGCAAAUAUUGUUAAACUGACUUGUUUCAUGUUUUAGGCUUGUAGAUACUGGGAAAACCAAGAAAACCAAUCAUGUUCUCGUACACCACUUAAGAUGAGACGGAGCGAUUUAUAGACUUUGGUGAAUUGUAAGGUCAGAGAAUCAGUCUAGCAGGCUUGUACCCCUAUACAGGUGUGUAAUCAAUUGCAGCCAUGAUUUUACAGGAUGAUUUAGACUGUCAUUCCCUAACAAUCCAGUAAGGUAUUUUGUGAUAAUUUGAUCAUUUCGUUUUGUGAUGUUUGCAAAUGUUGUAUUUUGAAGUUCCUUUGAACUUCAAAAAAGGUUAUGUGUAAAUUAUAUGUGACCUCUUUUCAAGAACAUAGUAAUUCUCUGUUCUAUCACUGUGAAACAUUAAAAGUCAGUGAUAUUCUUCCCAGCUAGCUACCCUCAUGCAUCAAUACUAACUUCCUAAAAUCUAUUUGUUCAGUGUUCAAAAAAAAAAGUGAUACAAUUCAUCAUCAUUUUACAAGACAGUUUAGUGAAUUCCAUCGUUCCUUUGCACCAUCAAGCUUGCAACCAAAACUAAGCAUGAGGGUCCUAAGCUAUGGAACUCAUUGGACACUUCCUUAAAAAGUACAUGCAGUCUAGUCUCUAUUUAAACGUAAAUAUAAUACUUGUUUAAUGAAUAAUUAUUUGGAAAAUGAUGAAAUCUCACGGGUUACUGGUUACAGGUUUCGAUUAUGUGUUCCUUAUUUCUGUUACUAAUCAUAUUGUUUUGUCUUAUCAAUGUGUAAGUGUCAUUAUGUAGGCCUUUAUAAUAAUGUGGAGAAACUUGAAUUAAUAUGAGGGCCCCAACUCGACAAGCUCUGCUUUUCGGAGGACCUCCAUCCACAUUUAUCUUAAAAUCAAAGAUAAAUGUAUCUUCAUUUUAUCCGUGAUAAAUCUGUUACAUACUGUUAUGUGGAAUAUAGAGUUAUUGAUUGAUUUAUUGAAAUAUGGAUUCAAAGAAAAUUGAAAGAAUUUUCUAACAUUUUCGAUAGCAGUCAAGUGUGAUGUCAAACAGUCUAUCACAGUGUCUUGCAUUGGCUAAGAUGAUGAAAGAAAUACUUUAUUUUCAAAGUUUCUGAAUUGGAAGACUUUUAGAGUUUCAAAUUACUCAAGCAGAUUAGAUAUUUACCUGUUUUUCAUUGAUAUUUGUAAUCACACAUUAAAACUCUUUAAAAUACAAAACUGGAAAUUCUCCAUUUUUUGCAAGUAGUGGCCGAGAGUAGACGUAUGGAGUGCAUUCUGAUUUUCAUUAAGCCAAAUACAUUAUGUUUGUAUCUCACUAUUGUUUCUGGUGUGAUCGAUCAUUAAUUUUUGUAGCAAUUAUUGCACUGUAAAAAGGGACUCAACGUCAUGCACGUGAAUUGAACAAGUUGAUGCACGUGAAGUGUCAACGUUGGUUGAAACACGCGCCUGAGGUUAAGCCGACUGUCACCCCAUGUGCUUCAAGUACACCAUGAUACAUAACUGGCAACUUCCUAAUAUAACACCGCAUGCAAUUGAGCGUCACUUUUGUGUUGUUGCAAAUAUAACCUCAACGGCCUCAGUUUCCUGCCGAGAGCCUCAAGUGUUCAUGAUUUGGGGACAAAAUUGUGCUAGCGCACAGAUGCAUGAGGUGCAGUCAGUUUUUACAGUGUGUGUUAUGUUGCAUUCCACUGUACAUUAAUUUGUUUUGUUUUGUAAACAAGAAAUUGGAAUUGAAGACUGUUAUUAUGAUGCAACGCAUGAGCGAACCCCAACACUUCUGGGUUACCUAUCAGCGAUGUUGCAUAACUCACGAACCUCGCUGUUCGCCAUUUUUAUUGUAAAAUAUACUUGUUUAGUAAUGCAAUGAGUUCCCUCGCUUUAUUGUUAGCUCUUCGCGAGCAGAAUAUCAACAUGUCGCAAUAGUAAACAGCCCUUUGUAAUACGCGGUAUGUGCGCUGUCCCCCCCCCCCCCAAGACAGCGCCAACAUAAUUAAGAGCAAAUUGGCAAAGCAUGACAGACUAAACAAUCCGUGUACAUACCAAUCAUUUAAUGCCGUUUACUUUUAAAAUCGAAUACAGAAAAAGGAAACAAGAACCCUUUACCGUUUUGCCAAUUCGGAAUCUACAUUAAUGACUAAGAAGAAGGGAAAACGUAGGCCUAUCGACUUUUGACUAACAGUAUCACUUUGUCCGGUUCAUCGAAUUCGAAGGAAAUUAAUAUUAAACUGUUUUCCGUUUACAGAGUUAAAAUAUGUAAAUAAGAAGAAAUAGCACACUCACUUUUCGAAAAUAUUUAAUUAUCUGCUUUACUGUAACAGAAACCUUAUACUAGAUUAAGCGCAACGAAACCGGAAUGCGGCAUCCUAUAAAAUAAACUGAUUUCAGACUAUUUUCUUUUGGAUUGUUUUUGUUGUUGGACUAUUUCUCCCUAUUUUCAACAGAAUUGUGUUACACAUCACACUUGAUUAAUUUGUAAAAUUUGGAGUCAAUAAAACAAGUUUUUCUUGAGUUAUCGUCUGGUAACUGAGUGU